AUGCGCGGGUCGAGAUCAUACACUAAGUCGUCAAGUGCCUCCUCCGGGGCCGAUGCUGCUCUUCCAGAUCCGCUAUCAGGCGAGAAGAGUCGUACAAGGUCCAGGGUCAAGCGCUUCUUCAGCAAGCUUCGUGGCAAGCUCACCAAAGAACAGGCCAGGAGUGAGAUCAUCGACGAACGCUGUGUGUGCUGCCUCGACAUCAUGCCCGCCGAGUGCUUGGCGACUAUGCCUUGUCAACACAAAUAUUGCAGCCGAUGCAUGAAGCAGAUGGUGCUCACGGUCAUUUCCGAGGAAGGGCUGUUCCCACCCCGAUGCUGCAAGCUGGAUAUCCCAGUUGAGACGAUCCUGCCCGUGUUGACGCCUAGAGAAAGAAGCUUCUAUAUCUUGAAAGCGCAGGAGUAUGCGACCCCGGCUGCAGAACGCUGGUACUGCCCAGCGGCGACGUGUGGGCGCUUCAUUCCGUUGCAGCAUGUGAAGAGCGCAUCCGCAUCGCAGACGUGCCCUUACUGCAGCACCAAGAUAUGUUCAGGGUGUCGCGAUCUGGCUCAUUCGUCGCGAGGAUGCUCACCGGAUCCCGGCCUCGCUGCUGUUCUUGAGGAGGCCCGAAUCCAGCAAUGGCAGCGAUGUUAUGAUUGCGGCUCCAUGAUCGAGCUUGUCUCUGGAUGUGACCAUGUCACCUGCAGAUGCAAGGCUCAAUUCUGUUACAAAUGUGGAGAUCCUUGGUCUGCUUGUGCCUGUGCUGCGUCCGGACAGCGACCCGCGGAUUUCCUGGCCGUGCUUAUCGGACACACCAAGUUGAGCAGAGACCAGGAGGCCGAGCUGUCUGCGGUGGUCACUGCCAUCCUCCGCAACGAAAGACUCCGUGAUGAGGAGGCGGCGGUCAAUGCCAAAGCUAAGAUGGAGGGGAGUCGCAGGGAGAGCAAGAGACUUUCCCAAUUGAGAAUAGACUUACUGCGCCGAGACAUCAUUCUAUGA